AUGAUCGAAAAUUUUUUUUUUUUUUCAUAUCCUAGAAAAUCAAAAUCAUCAGAAUCAUAUUCAUUAUCAGAAUUUUUCCGAAAAGAUGGUACUUCAGAACUAACAAUUAGAUUGCGAAAAGAAAGAUGGAUAGGAAGGAAAAAUUUAGAAAAUAUUGGAUUACCUCAAUAUAUUAAUGAUUCUUUAUUUUAUAUUUCAGUUGCUACAUUUGUCAAUACCGAUGACAACUUAUUUUCUCAAAUAUGUAAAUCUGGUGGUAAUAAAUUUGCUUAUAUAACUCCAAAGCAAGUUAUUUAUCAUUUUAAUAACAGUUGCUUGGAUAUAAAUAAUGUUGCAAGUUUACCUGAUCGUCUAUGUUUGGAAGGAAAUUCUUGGGAAAUUUUUAAUUUUUUUUCACAAAAACAUGUAAUUAGUGUUAUAGUAACAAUAUUUGGUUAA